AUGUUUAUAGAGAAAGCCGGGACGCUACUCUGGAUGACGCAUGCUUUGUUACAAGAGCAUGGUUGGACGCCCCCUGACCUUGAGUCUGGUGCAGCUGGUCUACAGAGUAUUAACGUCUUUUCAGGCGACGUGAAUCUGCUGCCGGCUCGAUGCUACAAAGUGCCGAAAAUGGGUCAAACCGACACAGACGUUCACGUUCGAGCGCUCGUGGUGGGCACAAAACUAUUCGUCCAUUUUGUGUCGAUCGACAAAAGUGUUCGUAUCAGUCUCACAAUUUCCGAGUUCGUGAAACCCCGAGGGCCGCGAACGGAUCACCAAAGACCGGAUGAGGGUCAAGUACUGUGUACUGACAAAUGGCGCGGCUACUUGGAAAUUCUCCGCUGGAGACUUCAGCGCAAUUUAUUUCCUGAAUUCUCAAGCAACAGAAGUGUGGUUCCUUCUGAUGCAGAACUAAAUCGUCUGCCGGAGCAGCUCCUUGUGCGUAUUGGGACGUUUCUGACAGCUUUAGAAUGUUGCCGAGUCGCUGGGACAAGCAAAUAUAUUCAUCUGUCGACUGACUCGUUUGAGCUGUGGCAACACUUUUUACUGCGUGACUACGGUGUCGCGCUGCAAUCUGGAGGUGAUACAAAAGCUACUUACGUCAGACGUUACACUGAUGAAAAGAGAAUGGAAGUAUGGAAUCAACAGGAUCGUGAGCGCCGGCUUAGCGGGUACAUGCAACGUCAACAGGCUCAACGGCGAGGGAGACUGGCAGUCCCCCUUCUGUGGGGCCCGAUGCCUCCGUUAUUCGCACCGUCCCGAGAUGCUUCUGGGUUAUUGCGACCACCACAUAUGUCUCGUGUACUGGAUGAUGAAGAUCUCGGACUGCCGUUUGACAUUCACUUCGACUCGAUGUAUCCAAAUUUUAACUGA